CGUGACCUACCUGAGGAAUGACCACGUAAAACUCGACUCCCGAAAAUUUGGUCGGAAAGAGCUAUUUUUGAAGCUUUUUAAUAGGUGAUUGCUGCUUCUCUGCAACCCAUAUAACUCACGAACUUGGAUAGUGUUUUUUUGAAGAUUUUUGAAUGUGUUUGAUGCAGUAAAAAUGCCGUUGAAUCAACAACAAAAGAGUGGUCAGACAAGUUUUAGAAAGACUGAGCAGUGUUCCGCAAAUCAGGUUAGUGUUAACAAAGAUAUGAACUGUAGAAUUCAAGAAUUACAAAACACCAUUGAUAGUUUAAGGAACAAACUAUCCAACUACGAUUCGUUAUCAAAUGACAUUGCCCAAAUGAAAUCUUUAAUCCAUGAUGAGGAAUCGGGAUUUGUGAAAUCACUCAAAUACGUGGCAGAACAAUCGGAGAGCAAUUACGACGAUAUAUAUUUUAUACGUCAGGAGAAUGCCCAACUUCGAAGCGAAGUCGAUUUAUUAAGGGCCUCAGUGAUUAAACUGGAUAGAAAAAUUGCACACCAAGACAAGGAACUUAAUGAAUUACGUUCCCGUUCAAUGCGAGAUAAUAUUCUGAUCCACAACUUUGAAUAUACACCUGGUGAACUCCUAUCAGAUGCUAUUCCCAAACUGAUAAAGGAAUCUUUAGGGGUACAAGUUUCCUUUGUUCGCAUUCACAGAAAUAGCGCCAAGGGUACUUACAAUUCUAGACCCGUCACAAUAACAGCAAAAUUGGUGGAUCGAAGCAAAAAAGAUGAAAUACUGAAAGCGCAAAAAGCGAAAAAGCUAGAAAAAAUCAGGCUUCCUUUCUAUAUAACAUCGCAAGACCCCCCUGCAAUUCGGGAAGAACGUAAAAGACUGUAUGAUAUUUCUGACUCUCUGCGCGAAAAUAAAAUCAAGGCGAGAGUGGAACGGGGGCGAGUAACUUUGCCAAACGGUGACGCAUAUAUUGAUCCAGUACAAAAGAUAGAAACAUCGGAUACUCUACAAAUUACACCCGAUGAAAUAGAAAACCUGGAUAUCUCAGACACUACAACUGAACCAACCAAACUUAAGGGUUCUGAAAUAUUCGCCACCGGAGCGAAGGUUGCUUCAAUAAUAGAAGUUCAAAACUUAUACAAAAAAGUUUGUGUAGACCCCUACUCAGCCGCAGCCGAUCAUCGAAUCCUAAUCUACAGGUUUGUAGAUUCUUCAGGGAAAAUUCACGAAAGUUACUGGGAUGAUGGCGAGCAUGGAGCAGGGAGGCGCCUUAUGACAUAUAUGAAAACAAACAAAAUUGAAAAUCUGGGUGUAGUUAUAACGCGCUGGUGUGGCCCAAAUCAUAUUGGUCCGGACCGCUUCCGAAUCAUGGAGGACCAUGUGUGUGAAGUGGCCAACACUGUACUCUAGGAGUGGCUACUGCGGGUUAUAUAUGUAUAUAUAUAUUGUAUUAUAUCAGUGUACAUUACUUGCAAGUUAUAUUUAGAAAUGUGAAUUAUAAAAACUCAAUAUUACUAAUUACUAUUAUCAAGGUACUAUUUGCAGGUGGUGUGUAUAGUUAUGCUAUAGUAUGUCUAUAUUAAUCUGCAUAUGAUGGGUCUAUAUAGCUUUGUAUCGCGAUCAUCCUAUUCUAAUAUUGUUUUCCGGAAUUUGUAAUUGUGUCAAUUUUGGUUUUGAUAAUUUCCUUCAAUAUUACAACUUCCGGUAUACAAGACGACGA